AUGCGAGACACUCAGAGAGGAGUGAACGCUUCACCAGUUUUUGUUUGUGCGAAAUUUACUCCACAUCGCCAUAACUUUGCGAGCUACACAACCUCACCCUUUCCACCUACUCCUUCUCUCCUCCACAGUCUUGAAGUGGUCUUCAGCCCUCUCCUCACCCAUGUCGUUCAUCCUGCCCCCUCAUCCCACGAAACACCUCCCUUCCUCUUCCUCUUCCUCUCCUCCUCCGCUUUUCAGACACCAACUGGCAGCAUUCAAGAGAACGAAGAACUACCACAAGUUUUACAAUUUGCUGUGCCCUCUUCACAACGAGUGCGCACAUUUCCUCCACACCUGCUUAACCAAGAAACCAUUUUCAUUCUCGACUGGGCAAAGAGACAGUGCCAAGUGCACGAGUCGGAGACCUCGAUAAUCCCUUGUAAGGAAGCCGCGCCUUGUGGCAUCAGGCACCACAACCAACCGAUGGCUGCUGAUGCAGUGUCCGGUCAAUUGACCUCCGAACGAUCCCCUUGCGUAUCGCUGUCCGCACUCUUUACUUGGUGGUCGAGAGUGCGUGGCUUUGAUCAUGGGGACUGCCCAAAAGUAGUAAUUGUAUUGGUAUGUGAUGAGUGCCUGGCUAUAUCAGUAACUGUGAUGCCUGCAGUCGAGACACGUUCCACAUUAGUGUCAUCGCAGAGUAGGUGCAAAACAAAUCUGGCAAGGGUGAGGUACAGCGUCCUCCUCCUCCUUGGUUGUCAGUCAAUGUCCGACAAGUUGGACGUCUUCACGGCUUCCUUAUUGACUGGAGUAAAAGGUGAUCGUGGUGAUUGGAAGCAUGAAAGUGGUGGGUGGAAUUGA